AUGGGAACAGUUCUACGUAAACCAAGGCAUGCCGAGGCCAAGGUCAGCAUUUUCCAGCAGAGGCCCAAUGCGGUCUCGUCUCCGCUGACGUCACGUGACACCAGGAACCGGCAAAAUGGCGGCGGCGGAGGACGAGGCUGCGGCUGUGAGGGGCAGAAUGAGAUUUGUGGUGGUGGGGGAGGAGGAAUAGCCGGAGUCACGUGUGCUGAGCAACUUGCACUCCAGUUUACAGAAGAGGACGUGCUCUUGCUCACAGCGGCCCCUUUAAUUAAGGCUGUCACUAAUUUUAAACAGGUUUCCAGGACAUUAGAAGAGUUUGAUGUUGAGGAACAAGUAAGCAGUGUAUUGGAGAGCAGGUACCCCAACAUUAAAGUUGUGCAGUCAGCUGUGAAAGAGUUAAAGACUAAUCAACAGAGGGUGAUUACAGAGGACGGGGCAGAAUAUGUGUACAACAAGUUGUGUCUAUGUGCGGGAGCGAGGCCCAAAGUCAUUGCGGAAGGAAAUCCGUAUGUGUUAGGUAUCCGUGAUACGGACAGCGCCCAGAUCUUCCAGAGACGGCUCGCACAGGCCAGACGGGUGCUGGUUGUGGGGAACGGAGGGAUUGCGCUGGAAUUGGUGUAUGAGAUUGAAGGAUGUGAAGUCAUCUGGGCUGUGAAAGAUAAAUCCAUCGGUAACACCUUCUUUGACCCUGGAGCUGCCGAGUUUCUCAUCCCACAGCUGAAAUCUGAUAAACCUGAAACCCCCCUGACCUGCAAAAGAACCAAAUACACCACGGAAAUGCCUGCCGGGCGAGAGGAUUGUGGGCGUGGCAGUGCCCUGGGGCCGGACUGGCACGAGGGGAUGAAUCUGAGAGCUGCUCAGAAGUUUUCCCAUCGCGUCCGCAUCGAGGCGGAGUGUGAGGUGCAGAGGAUCUUCCUGCAGGAGGAAUUCCAGAGGUUACAUAGUCCCAGGACUGAGCGUGAGGAGGACAGUGCCACCCCUGACCCAGGCGAGUGGCCGGUGUAUGUCGAACUGACCAAUGGGAAAACUUACGGCUGUGACCUUAUCGUCAGCGCAACAGGAGUCAUACCGAAUAUAGAGCCGUUUAUGCUGGGAAAUAACUUUGAUAUAGGGGAAGACGGAGGUGUGAAAGUGGAUGAUCACAUGCGGACGUCGGCGAGGAACGUGUACGCUGCCGGGGAUAUAUGUACUGCGGCAUGGACGCCCAGCCCUUUCUGGCAGCAGAUGCGGCUGUGGACGCAGGCGCGGCAGAUGGGUUGGUUUGCAGCGCGAUGUAUGGCCGCCGACCACCUGGGAGAGACCAUCGAACUGGAUUUUUGCUUUGAGCUCUUUGCUCAUGUCACAAAGUUCUUUAACUAUAAGGUCAUUCUGCUGGGGAAGUACAAUGCACAGGGCUUGGGUACGGACCACGAGCUGCUGCUGCGCUGUACGAUGGGACAGGAGUAUGUGAAGGUCGUCAUGCAGAAUGGACGCAUGGUGGGGGCUGUGCUAAUUGGGGAGACCAACUUGGAAGAAACAUUUGAGAACUUGAUUCUAAAUCAGAUGGAUCUCUCGGCCUAUGGAGAAGACCUUCUGGAUCCUAAUAUUGACAUUGAAGAUUAUUUUGACUAGACUAUUUCUGGAUGGCUAACUCCUGGAUGAAUGUAAUUUACACAAAGGUCCAUGCAUUAAAUGCAGAUAAAGUGUUAUUGUUAA